GGAGCUGACGGUACAGUGAUAUAAUGAUGAUGGGUGUCACAACCCGCAUUUGAACUUGCAGGCGAGCUGUCCCGAGCCUUUCUGGAGGAAGAACUCCAGGCGUGCAGGCGCACCCGUCGCGAACCUACCCGGGACCGAGAUCGGCGGCCAGCCUCGCAUCCUCCCUCCUUGUCCGGCACCUUCCCGCGCCCUCUGCACAGCACCGGCACCGCAACGCACCGGUCCCCAGGCCACCGAGCUUCCUAUGUGAUCCGCCCGGGCAACACCGCUGAGCCCAUUCGCCCACAGCUGCGGUGAAUUUCUCCCCUAAACUGCCUCGAGCUUCCAGUUAAAGGACAAAAUGUUGAUAAAUAUAAAAAGCAUCUUAUGGAUGUGCUCAGCCCUGAUAGCAACUCAUGCCCUGCGUCAAGUUAAAGUGGAAAACAGCCCCCCUGUCAGGGGCUCCCUGUCAGGAAGAGUCAGCUUACCUUGUCACUUCUCAACCAUGCCCACCCUACCACCCACUGACAACACCAGUGAAUUUCUCCGCAUCAAAUGGUCCAAGAUUGAAGUGGACAAAAGUGGGAAAGAUUUGAAGGAGACUACUGUUCUGGUGGCACAGAAUGGGAACAUCAAGAUUGGGCAGGACUACAAGGGGAGAGUGUCAGUGCCUACCCACCCCGAGGAUGUGGGCGACGCCUCCCUCACCAUGGUCAAACUGCGGGCCAGUGAUGCUGGCCUGUACCGCUGUGAUGUCAUGUACGGGAUUGAAGACACCCAAGAAAGCAUGUCACUGGCGGUGGACGGGGUUGUAUUUCACUACAGGGCGUCCAGCAGCAGGUACACGCUGAACUUCGAGGCAGCUCAGAAGGCCUGUGUGGAGAUUGGGGCAGUCAUAGCCACUCCGGAGCAGCUCCUGGCUGCGUAUGAAGACGGCUUUGAGCAGUGUGAUGCAGGCUGGCUGUCUGAUCAGACCGUCAGAUACCCUAUCCGGACUCCCCGGGAAGGCUGCUACGGAGACAUGAUGGGGAAGGAGGGGGUCAGGACCUACGGCUUCCGCGCUCCCCACGAGACCUAUGAUGUGUACUGCUAUGUGGAUCAACUGGACGGUGAUGUAUUGCACAUCACUGCUCCCCAGAAGUUCACCUUUGAAGAGGCAGAAGAAGAGUGUAGGCAGCAGUACGACAGGCUGGCGACAGUGGGGGAGCUACAGGCGGCCUGGAGGAAUGGGUUUGACCAGUGCGAUUAUGGGUGGCUGUUGGAUGCCAGCGUGCGCCACCCUGUGACUGUGGCCAGGGCCCAGUGUGGAGGUGGUCUGCUUGGGGUGAGAACCCUGUAUCGUUUUGAGAACCAGACAGGCUUCCCUCCCCCCGAUAGCAGAUUUGAUGCCUACUGCUUUAAACCUAAACCGAAUAUAUCAGAGGCCACAACCAUCGAACUGAACCUCCUCCCAGAAACCACAUCACCCACUUUAUCCAAAGAACCACAAACAGCAGUUGAGAGAACCACACCAAGCAUCCCUUUAGUCACCGAGUUACCUAUCCUUACAACCAAAUCCCCUCCUGUGGGAAAAAUAGUCCCUUCUGAACAGAAAUCCACAGCCCAACCUCAGGCAGUAACUGACAGAUUAGCCACUGGGCCACCCACACUUGGUGGGGGUACCCAGGAGCCUUGGGAAACGGCUUCAGGUGCCCUGGGAAAGCCAGACAUAUCUGACAUGGAAGAAGUGCUUCCGAGCACACAUGCCAUUACCUCGCACGCAACAGACUCAGGGGCUGCUGUGCUGGAGGACGCGCAGACCCAGGAAUUAGUCACACGGAUGGAGCAAAUAGAAGUGGGUCCCUUGGUAACGUCUAUGGGAAACCCAGAGCAUGCGCCUGUCAAGGAAUGGUCUGGAAGGGAAACACCUUUUGUAUCUGCAAGAUCGACCGUGGGAUCCAGCAUCGAAAAGAAAGCUGAGAGCAUGCCUUCUGAACCAGUGACCACGAAUCACCACGGGUUGACCUUGGGGCAAGACAGUGGGGAAGAUGGAACACUUACGCUGAGGUCUGGUCAGAGCACCUUGGUCCUUAGCCAGGUACCUGAAGUCAUUACAGUGUCAAAGACCUUGGAGGGCACCACCCCCACUCAGUACAAGGACUCAGUCUCAGCCCCUACCACUGUCGCACCUGUACCUAAGCCUGACAGUGAUGAAUCAUCUGCAGAUGAAUGGGAAGAGAAGCAAACGAACAGCAAAGAUGUCAUUGGCCCGUAUCUGUCUCCUCUACCUUUUCCAUCACAGCCUCAUACAGAAACAGAAUUAUUUCCUUACUCCAGUGAUAAAACAACAGAGGGAAUAGCCACAGGGGUCUAUUCUCCUUCGCACACACAAGUGGCCCAAGGAAGAGAAAGAACAGAAACACUGAGUCCAGAGAAAACAGACGCUGGGAUGCAAGAGAUCACCGAAGAGCCACGGAUGGGAAAAUCAGAGGAAGACAGCUUCUCUGGAAUGAAGCUCUCCACAUCUUCCUCAGAGCAAUUGCAUGUCACGGGCUCCUUCGUGGAAAUGACCACAGCAUCAAGUGCAGAACCCACAGAAAUGGGAGGCGUGGAGGAAGAGUUUACGAAACCUGGGAUUGGAUCGCAAGCUACGGCAAGGCGUGAUGAGGUUUUCACCACAGGGCACAUGACCGACAGUACUUUCCACGUGGAGGUAGUUACUGUGUCCAAAUGGUCAUGGCAUGAAGAGAAUGUGACAUCAGAGCUGGUAGAGCCCACAGCACAUGCUGGCUCCCCAGUCACGGGGGUAAGCAGAAAGGAAGAAGAAACGUCAAGUUUCAUUGAAAAUGGAGACAAAGUCACUCCUAUGGAGGAACGUUCUCAAAAACCAUCAGAAAAAGCUACUGGGGAGGAUGUCACAGAUCCUGGGGAAUUCACAGUGCAGUUUCAGCCAACUGCAGCCACCAGUGUUAUGGAGAAACCAACCUUCACAGGUGCUGCACCCACCAAAAGAGUCCCAUCUGUCACAAGCACAGAGGGCCCACUCAUUUCUGCAACUAUGGAAGGAAGUGCUAUGGGUGAAGGAGAAGAGGCGGACCUGCCUACGCCAGUGUCCGCUAUCGUGCAGUUUGCGCACACUUCAGACGGGCAAGGAUUGGCAUUUGGUAAAAUCACCCAACAGCCCACUCCUCAUGCAGACACUUCCCAUACUGUUCCUCUCUCUGUAAUCCCUGAGUUAGUGUCUUCUGCGCCGUCAGAAGAUGAAAUUGCAGGUGAAUCCUCUCAAGACAAAAGUGUCAUUGAUCAGACUCACCUUGAAACAGCCGCUUCUCCAGAAACAGUGAGAACAACGGAAAUCACACAGGAGGCCACUCAGGAAGAAUUCCCUGGCAAAGAACAGACAACAGGAAAACAAGUUCCUGCCCUCAGUUCUACAGCAGGUGCACCAAUGUUGGCAACAAGUAUCUGGGAUGAACAAGAAGGUGAUGGAUCAGCAUAUACAAUCCCUGGAGAUAGGCUGGUGACCGCUUUGGGGAGGGUGCCAAUUUUAGAAACAACUCCGGUUGUAAAAACCGAGCAUGAUGCAUCCCACCCCCCGGAGGCCAUCACUGAGCACAGGGCAAAAACAGAUGAAGUGGUUACUCUGAUACCAAGGAUUGGACCCAAAGUAUCUCUAAGUCCGGAACCUGAACAGAAGUACGAGACAGAAGGUAGUAGUGCAACAGGAUUUGUAUCACCUUUGAGUCCAUUUAGCACCAGUGUUUCCCAAUUUAUAGAGGAAACCACUACUGGGAAAAGAGUUGAAACAUCUCUAGAUUAUGCUGAUCUAGGUUCAGGAUUAUUUGAAAUGCCUAAAGCCACAGAGCUUCCAGGAUUGUCAACCAUUAAAGCCGUGAUUCCAAGCAAUACUACUGCCACGUUUGGGUCAGUAGAUGGACUUCCCACAGCAGUGUUUGAGCCGUCUUCAGCACCCACUGAGAAACCUCUCAUUGACAGAGGACCUGGGGAAGAGACAACCGGUGGCUUGGUGCUCAUUGGAGAAUCAACAUCUCAUGUUCUUCCCACUAUCCCCGAUGAUAUUGUAGCCAAGGACCCAGAAAGUGAUAUUGGUAGAGAGUAUUUCACGACUUCCAGCACUCCUUUGGCCACACAGCCUCCAAGACCACCCACUGUGGAAAGCAAAGAGGCCUCCAGACCCCGGGCGCUCUCCACCCCACCACCCCCACCGGGGACAAAAUUCCAUCCUGACAUAAAUGUUUUUAUUAUUGAGGUCAGAGAAAACAAGACAGGUCGAAUGAUUGAUUUGGAUGCCAUUAGUCAUCCAAUAGAUUCAGAGUCUAAAGAAGAUGAGCCCUGUAGCGAAGAGACAGACCCAGAGCACGAUCUGAUUGCCGAAAUCAUACCCGAAAUAACUAACCUAAUUAACAUAGAUAUAUACCAUAGUGAAGAGAGCGAAGGGGAGGAGGAAGAGUGUACCAACGCCACUGACGCCACGACCACCCCAUCGGUGCAGUACAUCAAUGGGAAACACCUGGUCACCACGGAGCCCAAGGGCCCGGAAGUCGCGGAAGCCAGGCGCGGCCAAUUUGAAAGCGUUGCGCCUGCGCAGAAUUUCUCAGACAGCGCCGAGAGCGAUCAGCAUCCAUUCAUGGGAUCUGAGAUUGAGCUGUCCACCAUCCUUCAACCUAACGACUCUGCAGAAGCCACCGAAUCAUUCGAAAUCACGUGGAAGCCUGAGCUUUACUCGGAAACUCCAGAGCAGUUUUCAGGUGGCGAGCCGGAAGUCUUCCCCGUGGCGCCAUUCCACGAGGGAGAAACCACAGAGGGGGCAGCCUCCGAGAGUGGCCUUGAACUCGAGAAUCUGGUGCCCGAACCUACAGAGGGUCUACUUCUGUUUCCCGAAGAAUUGUCGGGAGAGGUUGCCAUUGACCAAGUGUCUCCAAAAGUAGUCUCUGGGGGGGCGACCGAGGUACCAUUUGCUGAGGGGGCAGAGCCGAGUACUUCUCUCACACACAUUCCCAGGGUAGUGCCAAGUUCUGUGACAGCGGCUACUUCAGAGGCAAGAUCAGUAAGCUUAACAGGAAACCCACAGCCUGAUGGCCCAUGGUCUACCAAAGAAAGCUGGGUAGACCCGAUGGCCAGACAGAGCCCAGACCUCUCAGGGAGUUCUUCGCAUCCAGUCCCAGAAGGCUCUGGCGGAGAAGCAGAUGAAUUGACAGACCAGGUGUUUGCUGUGGUUACUGAGCUCUCACGGGGAAAUGCCACAGAGUCACUCGUUACCCCAGACACUGACAAGUUGAUGCUCACAGAAAGCCUGCUAGAUGUUCCCUCGGCCACUGUCUACUUGGUUUCCCAACAAGCCACAAAAAUAAUGGCCACCCAGUCAGUAAGUGAAACAAGCCCUCCUGGGGGCGUUUUCAGUACAGCUACUGAGGGAACAAGAAGGCAGGAGGAGGAGAUGAAAGAGGAGGAGGAGGAGGAGGGAGCCACAGGUGCAGCUCCCACAGUUGAGUCAGUACAUUCAGCUACUCCGAGAACAGAGCAAGUCAUUUUAGCUUCAGAACUGGAAAAUGUAAAGGUAGCUACAACUAGUGAUUCAGAAGGAAGAGAGACCACUGGGGCGUGGACAGCACCCACAUGGUCCAGACGGGAGCCCACAAGGUCUGCUCUUGUCUGGGGAGAGAUUCAUGCUUCUGACGAGGUGGGGACACGAUUCCCUGAGCACAGUGAUGGCAGUCAGCAUGAGGGACAAGAGGCACUGCCAACUCACCCACAGAGCCCUGCCUUUCCCUUUAUGGAGCAGGGCUCUGGAGAUGCCGCUGCUGACCCUGAGACCACCACCAUCCCUCCAUGGCCAUUAAACCUAGAACCUGAAACCCAAACCAAGAACGAAGAAGUUGCCACUUUCUCUCCCCGUGUGGGACCUGAGCUUUCCCCUGAGCCCACAGUACGAGUCUUGAGCACUGGUAGCAUUAGAGAAGUUGCUGAGAUGGAUGGGCAAACGCCCACGGAGACUGCUGAGGGCACAGGAGGGCUGAGGCCCAGCGCGGAGAUGAGGGGCUUUCCAACAGGGUUCCCUUUGGAGCAGGAGUUCAGUGGUGACACUGGAGAGUAUGUCACAGCAUCUCAGUCCAUCACACAGGAGGAAAUGCUGGUGAUGGAAGGCUCCGGGGAACCAGCCUUUAGUGAUCCUCCAACUUCCCCAAAUACCACACCUUCGUCAGUUCAUGUCAGUCACACACCUGCCUCAAGAAGACCCAGUAACCCUGUGAUCGACCCCUCAGCCUUCCCUUGGGAAGCAUUCCCAGCCUCCGCGGAGGGCUCAGGGGAGCAGCUAGCCGCAGCGAGCGGCUCUUCCGAGCCAGUUCUGCACAGUGCAGUAGGUAGCGUUUCCCGGACAGAUUCCCCUUUUGUUGAUCAAGUAGUGGGAGAAGUGGGUACUGCUGGUGAAGCUCGUGAAAGAGCCACCGUCUUGCCAGCGACAGAAGGCACUGAAGCCCCCCCAGCAGAGGGGUACACAAGCACGGCCACUGGCACAGUGCCCUUGAAGUUUCCCCAAACAAUGGAGCCCGCCAGAUUAUGGUCCAAUCAAGAAGCUAUUUCUACAAGAGCGGCGACUGAAGAUGAAAUGGAGACGACCCAAGGGCCAAGGUCUUUGGAAUCCUCCCAAAGCUCUCUUGCACCUGAUCAAACAGAUUUUGAUUCCCAAACAUCUAGUGGCACUGAACUCCAAACCACAGGUUCUUCUACACUGACAGCAAAGAACACAGAAGGCAGUGACAAGGAAGUGGGGGAAAAAGACACUCCCUUCGUGAACCCCGUGACUCCAGAGCCAACGGCACAACAUCCACAUUCGCACACCGCUCGCCCACAAGCUGCAGAGAACUCACACCUGUUCUUUGCACCUGCCUCAGUGACUGAAUUUACGUCAGCUGAAGGUGCCGUCACAGAUCCAUCAGUCCAAGCGGAAGACACCGUGACCCCCUUCCUCUCCGGACUGCGGCCGACAGGCAGGGAGUCGGGCGCUGGUCUCCUGUUCUCGGGAAUGGGGUCAGGAGAAGAAGUGUUGCCCGCUUUCCCUACAGUGUCCGUGAAUUAUACUGAAAUGGAGCAGAUCAUAAACACGUUACAUCCCCAUACUUCUCAAGCGGAAAGUUCAAAAACAAGUGUCUUAAGUGGUAAAACAGAAGACCAAGAGAACAUGGAGAAUGCGGUAACUGAAGCCGGACCACACGGCUCUAAGAUGAACAUUCCCGAAGGUGGUGAGGCAGCACCUCACACAGACCUCGUACAAGCUCUAAGUGACCCUGGAGCAGAGGGACCCACCAUGACACCACUCCCCUUUUCCAAGGACACUGACCACCCUCAGGACCCCACUCCCGCGUGGACAAAGGAAACUCCAGCUGGGUCACUCCAAAGCACAACUGCCCGAGUCUCCGAUGAGAGCGUUGCAACAGCAGAAGCUAAAGGAACCUCAGCCUCACCUGUAGGUGCUCUCGUCCAGACAUCUGGUCUCGAAAUGGCCCCCGGAUCGGUGACAUCAGAGCCCAAGCCAGCUGAUUUGUUCUAUGAGCAUUCUGGAGAAGGGUCUGGGUCUGUUCUUGAUGUCACCCCCACUUCUAGAACUACUCAGACCUCCCGACAAGAAAGCCUCAUGUUUGCUUCUGAGGGGUCCCUGGCAACACAACCUGAAGCUGUUACUGCUGAUGGAGUCCACAUGGUGUCAGAGGGACUUCCUCACUCAACGCACAGUGAUGCCAGUAGCACGUGGCUAAGUCCAACGCUGCAUGGGAAGUCCACGGAAGGGGCCACGGCUGCUGCUUCCCAGGGCCAUUACGGAAGAGUUGAGGAUUCUACCAUCAGUCCUAACAGAAGAAAAGGCCCUGAAAAUAUUUUCAUCGAUGGCAUUUUCAUGGACAAAGAGGAUAAGGAUUUGAUAGUGACCAUCACAGAGAGCAGCAUCCUUGAAAUGCUCCCCGAGCUCACCUCAGAUAAAAACACCAUCAUAGACAUCGAUCACACCAAACCUGUAGACGAAGACAUCCUUGGAAUGCAGACAGCCGUGGAAGCAGAGGGCCCCUCGGGCCCACACAGCAGCAAUGAGGAAAGCCCUGCCAGCCAGGAGGCCUCCCAUUACGUCUCUCUAACCGAGGAAACUCCCGAGGGCUCUGGUGAUGUUCUUCCAGCCGCCCACACUCAGGCCACACACAGUCCAUCAAGGGCUUCCCAUGAUGGAAGCCAACCAGAUCACAGGGUCUCUGACCUCCCAGCCACGACCCCUGAACCUAGCAUAAAAGUCAAAUUGGAGAAUUUGCCUCCGACCAUCGUGUCUCUGUCCAUCCCUGCAGAAUCGGCCACCGUCCCUCCACAGUGGGAGGAGCCAACACUGGAAGCCAAAGGCUUGGACGACACGUUCGAGUCCAGCACUUUGUCUGAUGGUCAGGCUGUUGCAGACCAGAGUGAAAUCAUCUCCACCCAGGGCCGUGUGGAAAGGACCCAGGAGGAAAACAAAGAAAAGAAGCCGGUGGGUCCCUCUUUCCAACCAGAAUUCUCUUCAGGAGCUGAGGAGGCAUGGAAGGACCCUACUCCCCUUGUAAGUAUUGGUGGACCCGUGGCUCAGGGUCUAACCGAGGCUCCCGGGGAGAUGGAAGGAACCGACCCUGCCCUGCACACUGAGAGGACAUCAACAGUGGCAGCAUUGGCAAGGUCGUCCCCACAGAUAUUGUCAUCACCUGUCUCCAUUGAUCCAGGCAGCGGAGCCUCGGAACACACAAGCUUCCCCCUGCCAAGUGCUCUGCCAAGCCUGGAGGUCAGCCCGGGCCCCGUGUCCUCAGAGGAGUCUUUUAGGGAAGCCCAUGCAGAUGUGGAAGUGACUUUCAAACCAUCCCGUGAAGCCUACUUUUUUGCAACAGAGCCUCUGUCUUCAUCUCCCAGCCCAGAAUUAGACCCCUCAGAGGAAGGAGGUAGCCCUGAGUUCCCAGAAGAGAUGGAAGCAUCUCCUGCAGAGCUAAUCACUGAGGAAGGGACUGGGGCUCCCCAGGACCCCCCAAAUAAAACCAGCAGUCAGCUUCCUGGAGAAAUAAUGACCCUUUUGCCCAGUGUUGGGACAACGCAGGCUGGGAUGGUCAUCCCAGCUGCUGGAGAGGUCAGGUUGGAAAGCUCUCCACAGUGGCCACAUCCUACCUCUGCUGCUGUGACCUACAGGAUGGAGGCCCGUGUGGUGCCUCAGCCCAGCCCCAACCCACACACUGCCGAGGAGUCCACGGUUCCUCCUCCACGGGAAACAGAUCUGGAAACACAAGCUUCAGUCACGAGGGAGGGCUCCAGAGUAGUGACAGCAGCAGAAGAGCAGGCAUCUGUGGCAGUCCCAGGUGCCAGGAGCCAGGCGGCAGGAAGUGCUGCAGAAUUCAAUUCCCAGCUUGCCAUGCCUCCAUUUUCCCUUCCGGAAACCUCUAAUGAGACUGGGUUCCUGAUUGGCCUUCAUGAAGAGUCAGUAGAAGGCACAGCGGUCUAUUUACCAGGACCUGAUCGGUGUAAAACAAACCCAUGUCUCCAUGGGGGUACCUGCUACCCAACGGAAACUUCCUAUGUGUGCACCUGUGUGCCCGGAUACAGCGGAGAUCAGUGCGAACUCGAUUUUGAUGAGUGUCAUUCUAACCCCUGCCGGAAUGGAGCCACGUGUGUGGAUGGCUUCAAUACGUUCAGCUGCCUCUGUCUGCCCAGCUAUGUUGGUGUGCUCUGCGAACAAGACACGGAGACUUGUGACUACGGUUGGCACAAAUUCCAGGGUCAGUGCUACAAAUACUUUGCCCACCGGCGCACGUGGGAUGCGGCUGAACGGGAAUGCCGACUGCAGGGCGCCCACCUCACCAGCAUCCUCUCUCACGAAGAACAGAUGUUUGUGAACCGCCUGGGACACGAUUACCAGUGGAUCGGCCUCAAUGACAAGAUGUUCGAGCAUGACUUCCGCUGGACAGAUGGCAGCACUCUGCAAUACGAGAACUGGAGGCCCAACCAGCCGGACAGCUUCUUCUCGGCGGGAGAAGACUGUGUGGUGAUCAUCUGGCACGAGAAUGGUCAGUGGAAUGACGUCCCUUGCAACUACCACCUCACCUACACCUGCAAGAAAGGAACAGUUGCUUGCGGCCAGCCCCCCGUCGUGGAGAAUGCCAGGACCUUCGGAAAGAUGAAACCUCGUUACGAAGUCAAUUCCCUGAUUCGGUACCACUGCAAAGACGGCUUCAUUCAGCGGCACCUCCCAACCAUCCGCUGCCUAGGGAAUGGAAGAUGGGCUAUGCCUAAAAUUACCUGCAUGAACCCAUCCGCAUACCAAAGGACUUAUUCUAAGAAAUACUUAAAAAAUUCCUCAUCAGCAAAGGACAAUUCAGUCAAUACGUCAAAACAUGAUCACCGUUGGAGCCGGAGGUGGCAGGAGUCCAGGCGCUGAUCCCCCAAGUGGCAAGCCUGUGUUUUCAUCAUUUCAGCCAAAGUCCUAACUUCCUGUGCCUUUCCUAUCACUCGAGUAGCAUGAGCAGCGGGUUUGGAUUUGUGGACUACCAUCCGGUCUUUUUGGGAUUGCCGUGCUCCCAGAGCAUUCUUAGCGGAAGCGUCGGCAUUCCAAAGCGAAGCGAGCCACAGGAAAGCAAUCGAGGGCACAGAGCAACCACUUCCAGCCUGGCUAGUUUUCCUUCAGCUUUCUCGUUGCCUCUGGUGCAGACCGGUUCAUGAUGUACACCAGCCUACUGUACUAUUUAAAACGCUCAAUCCCAGCACCAAUGGCCAUGUAAAUAAGAUGAUUUAAUGCUGAUUUUAAUCCUGUAUAUAAAAUGAAAAGUCACACUGAGUUCAGGCAUAUUUAAUGAUGAUUAUGGGACCGUGGAGGUCUUUAAUCAUUGGUUUGGCUGCUUUUAUGUAGUUUGUUUAGGCUGGAAAUGGUUUCUUUGUCCUUGGCUGUCGGCCACACUGAGGACAGCUUUCUCUGGACAACCAGUAAGCACCAAGUCCCGUGGCUUACGGUGCCUGGCUCAGCCGCAGGUGCCGGGGGCUCCCACGGGAUGCCGAGGCCGGCCAGUGGGCCCCUGGCGGAGUGGGACUUCAGUGCGGAACGCUUCUUUGCCGCAUUCCUUCUUCACUUCCAAGAAAGGCCUGAAUGGAGGACUUUUCCGUGACCAGGAGCAAUUUGUAGGGCUCAAAGUGCUAAUGAUUAACUCAACCAGGUCUACUUUUUCAUGGCUUUCAUAACACUAACUCAUAAGGAUACAGAUCAUGGCAUUUCAAAUGGACACAGACCUAGGGCUCUGGAGGGUGGGGUGGCGGGGAGGGAUUGUUAAAACAACGCCACACAUGCAAAAAUAAAUUUUGUAUAUAUAACCAGUUUAAUCUUUUAUAAAGUUUUGAAUGUUCAUGUAUGAAUGCUGCAGCUGUGAAACAUAUCUAAAUAAAUGAAGUAAGCCAUACUGAUUUAAUUUAUUGGAUGUUCUUUUCCCCAGACCGGAAAUGGGCGUAGUACACUAGGUAUGUCUCAGUGAUAGCUUUUCUAGUCUCCUCGCACCAUUUGGAACCAUAUCAUGGAGGUAUUCAUCCCUGAUUAGACAAUGUGAUGGACCCAGUGCUGAUUGUGACCGGCGUGGAGAGUCGUGGCGGUGUGAGCCCCC